AUGGGGCUCUCUACAAGAAGUCAUUGGGUGAUGCAAACAAUAAGUGCAAAAAGAGAAAAGGAAGCAAUCUGUACAGGUGAAGAACUGACAGGAAAGAGGAUUGAAAACAUGAAGGCAAAGAAGAGAAACUCACAAUAUGUCAUUAACUUUGGGUUAUCAAUACUAGUGGAAAGAAUCAAUGGUGCAAAGAAUCCCAAAGGACUAGAUAAUCCGCAUAUUCGACUUCCUGAUUAUGUGUUACUGACACUAACAUUUCGGAGUGUGGAGACCCUGCCCCAUCUGGGGAGAGGGAGAGACAAAGACCCCCUGCUUCUGGAGGCCGCUGAGCCGCAGGGAAGCUGCGGGGCCAGCCGAGGAGCCGGCGGCCUCUUGGGUCCCCAGUGUCGCGCGACAGCACGACCCGAGACAAGGCACCUGGCGCUGGUGCCAGGCAGAGGCCCCGCGUUGCGAGGCCGGCGGCAACAGCGCCUGGCGGUCGGUUCCGGGCGGGGCUGCAGGCGCCGGGUUCCCGCGGCCGCGAGGCGGGGCUGGAGGGCGCUGCGGGCUGCGCGGAGGCUGCGGGGAGCGCGGGGAGCGCGCGGAGCCCGACUCGCAGGGAGAUCGCGUCGCGCCGGGAUUAGAACAUCCGAGAUUAAAAUGUCUCACACGUCAGUGCAGCAGAAUUUCCCAGCGACUUCGGUGGCGGGAGAGCAGCACCUCUCAGGGACAGCUGUGCGCAUCCCUCGGGCCCCACCGACCGCACCAUCUGACCUGCGGGAAACGAAAUCUGAGCUCAGGAAUUUGAACGGCCCCACGCACGUUCAUUCCCGGAUACAUCUUCUAGAGGACCGUGAUUUUUCCACUUAGAGAUUAUUUAGGGAGAUGUCCUGGAUGGGACAGGUAGACAAAUGGCGGCCCGAGGAAAAUGCAGGAUCUACAUUGUAGACGCUUAAGCACCAACUGUCUGGGCCCCGGGGCAGAGGGGACGGGGGACAUUACCCACCGGAAACAUCACACCCCCGGGGCUCCUGGCAUUUUCUACAUCAGUGAAUGUGCCAGCGAAGAGUGUGGGGAAAUUUUCUGAACAUAGAAUUCAUAUUCCUGAAACUUUAAGUCGUGAAGUGGGUGCUUCAGCUGUCCCCCAGCUUUAGGAUUUUAACCCAGCUUUGGUUUUAAUCACCAAGAGUUAUUCCUUAUAAUCAAAUCAGCAAAAGCGUUCCAUUACCUAUUACUGGUUGAGAAAGAUUCCGUUCCCCCAGCUCAUUGUAUCGGUUCUCGGAUCCAAGAUGUUAAUUAUUGGCCAGGCAUUCACAGGGGGUUAAUAUGGCCCCCCCUCGACACCUUGCCUCGUACCAGAGACACCAAAAGCUGCUGCUGAGGGAUAAUGGAGAAUGGGAAAAGUUGGUCAUGAAAAACCUCUUUUAUUCUUACUUGCAAGCUACGCUUUUGACAUUCUUUUUUUGACACUAAAUGGAGAUUACUGAAUUGAUAACUUUUGGGUUUUCUCUGUCACACUGGGUUUUUUUUCCCCCGUUUGUUUGUAAGGUUUUUUUGGUUUUGGUUUUGGUUUUGGGGGGAGGGGAAGGGGGAAGUGGAUAGGGAGAUGGAAGAGUGUUCUGUUACUGGUUUUAUCCAAAUCCUGUUAGGUCUUGUUCUUCAAUGUAAUGUGGAAUGGAGAAGUUGCAUAAGUACAUGACUGACAAACAAGGUCUCUUAGAAGAGAGUUAAGGAAUAGGAAAUAUAAUGUGUCCUGGAGAAAAAGAAAAACCCUUAGUAUGACACACUGGCCUUUAAAUAGAGGACACAUGAAUAUGUAAAGGAGAGGCACGUGUGAAAUAAGAUGCGACUUGCUGAGCCCUCCGGCCCCCACUCCCCAUGUAUCAAGAACUUUACUUACAUCAUCUCAUCUAAUUCUACCCACAACCCAAGAGGAAGGGCGAUACUUUUAAUUCGGGUUUUUACAGACGAGAAAUUUGUAUCUCAGAGGCCAAAGUAAAUUGCCUGAGGGCAUAUAGCUACUUAGGACAGAAUUAGAAUUGAUUAAAGAGUCAAAAAUUCUUUGAGAAUUAGUGUUUUAAACUCUCGAUUAGUUACCAAGGGAAUCUGAGAAAUUAAUUAACUUCUGGGGGGAUCUUUAGAUUAGUGGGGAAAUUAUGUUAAGCCCAAAGAAAGACAAGCCCGUGAAUUUUCUUGUUAUCUAUGAUGUGGUUUGGGGAAAGGUGUGACAAUUUGAGAAAACUGAAAAGUGCUGAAAUUCCUUUAAUAAGGUUCUAUUUAAACUGAUAGAGCUACUAGAUAUAAUUAGGCAGAUGUCCAUUUUCUUCUGGAAGCUUCUAUUAUUUGAGGAGAAAACUAAAAAGCUUUAGACUGUUUCAAAUUAAGGACAAUUUGAAUUCUAGUUGGAAAGCGGAUAAACUAUCUGUAUGAUUGAGUUUAAAAGGCAUGGAAAGGCUAUUGCAAAAUAUUGAUCCCACUCAGUGAGAGCAAGCACAGCUUUCAAAUGAUACAGAUCUGGCUAUGAAUUUGAAUGGUGACUGUGCCUAGCUGUGUGACCAAGGGCAACUUUCUUAACCUCUCUGGGCCUCUGAGUCCUCAUCUUUAAAAUGAGACAAAUAAGCCCUCGCAAGACGCUUGUGAUGAUAAAAUAAAAGAGUAUGGGUGAAAGUCCUUAACAGAAUGCCUGAUAUGUAGCAGAUACUCAACAGAGUUAGCAAUGUUUCAUUUAAUUAAAGAAUUUGAGAGCAGGAUAGGGAGCACCACUAACUUCUGCUCUUCAACAAUUUUGCCUGGGGCUGGCUCUGGGGAAUAGACUUGGAUUCUCAUGAGUAUGUGAAUCUUUAGUUACUUCCUUGAAAGGACAGACAGUUAUAAAAGCAAGCAAUGAAGUCUGGGAAGGUGGAGGAGAAUGGUUAUGGAAAGUUAUCCCCACAUCAUAAGUCUUCCUGAUCUUGAGAUCAAACAACAACACUUUCAGAAACAGCAAGAAAUUAAGGCUGAAGCAAAAUACCCCCUGUAUAAUUUUUAAGUCAGUUAAUAAUGAAGGUGUAAAUAAAACAGAAAUGUCUGUGUUCUUACUUAAACCUUGAACAAAUAAGGGAUUUUUUUCUUUAGUGUUUUUUAAUAGAGAUAUUUUAAUCAUUUUUUAAGACACAGUUUUUGCCUAGUUACUGUUUACUAUUG